AUGUGGCGUGUAGUGGUAGCAAGAUCCGAUGAGAACAGUACGUUACUGUCUUCUGAGAUAACAACGGCUCCAGUGGGUCCUACCCACUUGUCCAGCAUCCCUGGUCCACCGACGGGUCAUCAUUACUACCCUGGAUAUCCACCACCCCCUCAUCAUCCGCCUUAUCAACCCCAACAUCCCGAUGUACGUCAUCACGAAAUGCGACCUGAUUUGAGACCGGAGUUGAGACACCAGGAUAUGCAUAAUCGACAAGAGAUCAGGCACCAGGAGAUGCACAGACCUGAGAUGAGGAAUGAGGGCAUGAGGACAGAGAUGAGACACGAUAUGGGCCAGCACCAGGAUAUGAGUGGUAUGAGGCAGAGUCAUGAAUUAACUGAGUUGAGACCAAGUCAUGAAUUACCAGAGUUGAAGAUUGAUGGGCCUGAACUCAGGCCGAGGGACGGACAAAAUCAGGGACAUCAGAGGAAUCUCAAGAGAACUAUGAGUGAUUCUGAUUGUGAUGAUGUAUUCUCGGAAGAAAGUGGAAAAGACCCAUGUAAUUCACCUGGUGGGGAUUCGUGCCAACAUGCGUCGCGUAAAAGACGAAGGGGGAUGAUUGAAAAAAAACGAAGGGACAGAAUUAAUGCGUCUCUCGGUGAACUCAGGAGAUUGGUACCAGCAGCAGCUAGAGAUCCGCACUCUGGAAAACUCGAGAAAGCGGAAAUUCUUCAGCUGACUGUUGAACAUCUCCGCACCCUCAGGAACAAAGGUCCAGAGGGCUAUGAUAGCACAAAAUUGGCGAUGGAUUAUCACGCAGUAGGGUGGGGUGAGUGUGCAGCCGAAGUUGGUCGUUAUCUGGUGACAAUGGAAGGUCUUGAUGAGCGAGAUCCACUCAGACUACGAUUACUGUCACACUUGCAGAGUUUUCACAGAGAGCAUCCACCCAGCAAUACCACCAUUCCACCCCAGACAUCCUCAUUAACUUCAACCUCCACAGCGACGAGUUAUGAUGCAUCAGGUAUGCCACCAAGUGGUGGCAAUGUUGCACCUAUUAUAGGAGGUGGUGCUCUAGGAUGGGGACAAUAUCCAACCCAAUAUCCCCAGCAGCAGCAUGGAAAACCAUAUCGUCCUUGGGGUGCAGAACUGGCGUAUUAAAUUAACAAAGACAAUGUUCAAUUGAAUAAGUACCAAAAAUAUGUACAAAAGUAUUUUCUCCAAGUGCUAAAACUUCAUACAAGAAGUUAUUCCGAUAUUUUCGAGAAUCGCUCAUUAUCAAUUUCAAUAAUGAUGAGAAUAAUCAGUUGGGGAGAGUUAAAUUAUAGCACUCUUCAAAGUAAUUGAAUGAAUAAUGGAAAUAAAA